AUGUCUUCAGUAAAACUCGAAUCUAUUGUUCCACCAGCGGAUAAUGUGUUCAGGUGUCGUAUUUGCAGCAAAACUGUUCACUCUCAGAAAGCAUUAUGUAUCUUCUCGCUGCUGGAUGGUACCAAGGAAAAGGAUGCGACCAAAACAAUCGCAGAGAUGAUAGGAGAAUUCGCCGAUGUUACGAUCAAUGCCGAAGAUGAUCGGUCCAAAUUCAUCUGCACCUUUUGCAUGAAGGCAGUCGAGGGAGCUGCCGAGCUACGGCAGCAGAUCCGCACCAGCGAGGGAAUGCUAUCGACCAUUUUAGAGUCGCUGCAGAUCGAAAGUCUCACCGAGCAAGACUAUCGGUGCGAGUAUCUGGAAGAAUUUAAAGAUGAAAUAGAAACCAUUUCCCAACCCAAAACGACUCACACGGAAGAUGAAACCUCUCAGUUAGAUGACCACACAAAGCAACUAAACCUUCAACUACUAUCCGACGAUGACAUGGAUUCACUUGAGGAUGAUAUACCGGAGCAGGGCAAACACCCGUUCGUGAUGCCCCAGCCCGACCUGAUUGGCAUUCGGUUAGAGUUUGAAAAUUUUGAAUAUUUAGAAAUCCGCGGUGAACGUUGCUGUGGCUGUGAGCACAUUGCAGCUUGCCGCGAUGCGUUAAUGGAGCACGCAAAGGAAAAACAUUCACAAAAGUAUUACGCCGACAGUAGCUACACGUGUCCUACGUGUUAUGGAAAGUUUGCCACCGCUGACGCGCUCGAAAAGCAUCAACAGUACUAUCUGUACAGUGAUGUGUUUCUGUGUACAAUUUGUCAGGAAGCGUUCAAUUUGCAAAGCCAUCUAAUGCGCCAUUUAAAGGAAAAUCAUCAGGUACAGCAGCAAGCGGGAAGUGAGCAGAAAAUGGAGCGAACGCCACCAAAGAGUGAUGAAUUAAAUUUGCCCCUCACAACACUACCGGAUGAAAAGUUUAUCAAAGAAACGCGCGACUAUCCUCAGUACCGGCUGUACUGUGUGUCCGGCGAGCGGUGCUGUGCAUGUGGCGUUCAUUUAACAAAUCUCGAACAGCACAUCACCGAGUACCACAUCAAUAUGGAUGACAUGCUGGGCACGGAUGAGCUGCGGUGCACAAUUUGCCGGCGAACGUUUGCCACUCGACAGGAGCAACUGUUGCACGAGGAGCGACGGUUAAAUUUGAAUCAAAUUUAUCAAUGCAAACUGUGCCACGUGCUGUUCGCACGGAAACUACAACUGAUAAAACAUUUUAGAACUUCGAGUAAAAACCAUUGCAAUGGAUUGGUGGAAACUAUAGCGGAAAGUAUAACGUCCAACGCAGAAAAAGGUGAACCAACGGCGGAACUGGUUCCCGCCAGCAGGAUGAAUUACUUCUGCUGUUGCUUUUCACGCUGCAAAGAAGAAUACGCCUGCGAGAAGGAUCUGCUCGACCAUGUCGUUAAGGUACACAGUGGAAGAAGAAAGGAGAACGAACACAAACUGGGCACGCAGCAACGAGCGAACAUGAGCGAACACCUUAUCUGUCCUGUAUGUCGACGAUCCUUCGACAGCGUGGCAAAAGUUACAAAGCAUCGUACGUACAAGCUAACGCUACCGAAACAAACCUGCCGUCAGUGUGGGCAAAUUUUCAUGAAAGCAACCGGUCUCCAGGAGCACCAGCUACGGGAACAUCUGAGCCUGAAGCUACAAUUUGGUUGCGACGUGUGUGGCAAACAGUUUGUUACACGCUCCACACUGAACAAACAUCGGCAGGUGCAUGAACCGUUUCAAAAUUAUCCCUGCUCGGUCGCUGGCUGUGAGGUGCGGUUUCGCAAUGAGCAGCUAAUGCAGCGACACUAUCGGAAUGUGCACAUGGAAUUGAAGGCGUACGAGUGUGGUUACUGUGGCAAAAUGUACCGCACGAAGGAAUCGCUCGAUAUACACGAACGAUCGCAUACGGGAGAAAAACCGUUUGGCUGUCGGCACGCAGGAUGCAGCAAGCGGUACGCACAUGGAUCGGACCGGAUGCGACACGAACGAUCGGCCCAUACGGGUGAGAAACCGCACACGUGUCCGGUGUGUAAGAUGGGAUUUCUACGCAAGCGUGAAAUGCGAUUGCACAUGGAAAAGGUGCAUUGA